AUGGCAGCGGCAGACGAGCUGACCUUCCACGAGUUCCAGGAAGCCACUGAUCUCCUGGCUGAGACCCCAGAUGCGUCCACCACGAGCAGAAGUGACCAGCUGACCCCCCAGGGACACGUGUCUGUAGACUUGGGUGACAGCUAUGGAGCCGAAGAUGAGGUGGAGGAGGAAAGUGACAAGGCUGCACUCCUGCAGGGGGAGCAGCAGCAGCCCGGAUUCUGGACCUUUGCCUACUAUCAGAGCUUCUUUGACGUGGACACAUCACAGGUCCUGGACCGAAUCAAAGGCUCCCUGCUGCCCUGGCCGGGCCACAACUUUGUUCGGCACCGUCUGCGGAACCGACCAGACCUGUAUGGGCCUUUCUGGAUCUGUGCCACACUGGCCUUUGUCCUGGCCAUCACUGGCAACCUGACACUGGUGCUGGCCCAGAGGAGGGACCCCACCAUCCACUACAGCCCCCAGUUCCACAAGGUGACUGUGGCAAGUGUCACCAUCUACUGUUAUGCGGGGCUGGUGCCACUGGCGCUGUGGGGCUUCCUGCAGUGGCGAAAGGGGAUCCGGGAGCGCAUGGGGCCGUACACCUUCCUGGAGACCGUCUGUGUCUACGGCUACUCCCUCUUUGUCUUCAUCCCCACUGUGAUACUGUGGCUCAUCCCCGUCCCAUGGUUGCAGUGGCUCUUUGGAGUGCUGGCCCUGGCCCUUUCAUCCACUGGCCUGGUAUCUGCCCUGUGGCCUGUUGUCCGUGAGGACACCAGACCAGCCGCGGGGGCGUUGCUGUCCACCGUGGUGCUGCUCCACACCCUUCUGGCCCUGGGCUGCAAGUUGUACUUUUUCCAGCCGCUGCCUGUGGAACAUGUGGUACCUCCACCCCAUGCUAUGGAUCUGCCCCCCACCACAUUGCUGCCGUCCACCUUGUCCCGGUCCCUAGCCACUACCUAG